AUGAGCGCGCGCAGUUGAGGGCGCUGGCAUCCGCGGCGCGUCGUUCCUUUUUAUCGCGCUUUCGACGCGUCGUCGACCAGAUCAGCUCUCGGCCAAAGCCAAAGGGAGAACAGUGCGAUCGAGAAGCAGACACCUCGCUGAGAUCUGACAAGUCGGCCGGGCUGAUCCUUCACGGUGACUGGCAAGUCAGACGUGCUGAAAGCCUGCAGCAUAGUCGCUGGCGCGCCGCCUUUGUCACGCCUAUUGUUCUUUGUAGCGCAUCACGGGACGCCACACUUGCAUUGAUCGCAUUCGCACACGCACACGCCCGCACGGCUCGCUACAGCCGGUCUCUUCGCUGAGAAUCGUCACGCACGGACCUGUCGACGUUCCAUCUCGUCUGCCAGGCGACAACUCUGCACGCUCGAAGCUGAGCCAGCAGGCAGUCAGGCACAUCUGACCGAAAAACACACACUCCUUCUAUUCCUAUAUACCAUCACUCAAUCAGACUGCGAUCAUGUUCACGCGGAUCGUCGUCAUCGCUCUGGCAGCUAGCCACGUGGCCCUUUGUUUCGCUAGCUCACUGGAUGGCACACGAGCCGACAGUAAUCUACAAAGGCGAGUUCAUGGCGAUGAGCAUGACUUGAUCCGUCAGCGAGCUCGUCAGCGUCGUCAUCGCGUCAACGCCUUUGGCCGUGCGCUUGCGAAGCAAAGGCGUAGUGACCCUCUUCAACAGGACAAACGUAGCCAGCCAGAGAUGAUCAAACUACAAAAGCGUCAAGGCUUUCCUGACAUUGCGGGCAUACUCGGCGGCGGCGGUGGCGCGACGACGACGGCGACAGCACAGCCGACGUCCACAGGCAGUUCCGCGAGUCCGACGAGUACCAGCAGUCACGGUGGCUUCUUCGGCGGCAUCGAUUCUGCCCUGAGCAGUUUCUUUGCCGACUCAACGACCUCGACUGCUUCGCAGACCGUGCCAGCGUCGAGCUCAUCGUCAUCGUCAUCGACCUCGAGCUUGCCGACGACAAGCUCGUCCGUCAGCUCAUCGUCUGUCACGACAAGCACGACUAGUCUGGUCACCAGUAGCUCGUCAUCCAGCCGGCUAACGCGCACGAGCACCUCUACGCUUGCUUCGUCCACCACAAGCAACUCGCUGUCCAUCAUCUCGUCCUCGGCAAGUGCGACUGCAACGAGCUCGCCGGACUCGUCAAGCUCGUCAUCUCAUGCCGGGGUUGGCAAGAAGGCGAUCAUCAUCAUUGCAAGCAUCGCAGGCAGUAUAGCCCUUAUCUACAUCAUUUGGACUAUUAUUCGCAAGCUCAAGUUCAAGCCGAGCAAGAGGUUCGAAGACCGAUACAACUCUGUCGAUUUCGGACCGAGUAACACAAUUGAUCACCGCUCGGACUCUGAUCACAGCCAAGAUCUUGACGAAAAGCUCGCAUAUGGUGCGGGCGCAAUACCUUCGUCGCGAUCAUUCAACAACCACAGUCAUGGUGGCUCGAUGGGAAGUCUACAGGCUCCCACUGGCCUUCGACAGCAGCACUCGCCACGAGAAGAGCUCAACGACAUCCUGCCCUCUUUGCCGCCCACAGAUCUCUCAUCGCAAGCGGGCACGAUCAAGCGCAAGUCGCCACCGUCAUUCAAUGACAAUGUCAACAUGUCUGCGCUCGGUCGUACCAAUUCCGGACGAUCUCUGAUGUCCCAGACGCCUUCAAUGGCACGCAAUGACAACUACAUGACCGGCGCACCACUCGCUUUGCCAGGCUCGCAGGAUCAUUAUCAACGAGCGAGCUACCAACCUCAGGAUGCCUACUAUCAGCAGCAACCGUCUGCUGAGCAGUACUAUCAAUCCACACACUACGCGCAGCCCUACGCGAGCUACGGACAGCCACAGACGCACGCACAAGGACAGGCAUACCCGAAUUCGCAGAUCCAAGGACAGGCCUACCCACAACAGCAGCAGAGACAGGAUCUGCCGGAUAUCUAUGGAGGCUACAACUGAUCCCGACACUUCACGACAUCCACGUCUCGCGUGCAAGCGAGCCGGCCUUCUU